AUGAUCAAGCCCAGCUAUCUGUGCGUUUUGGCCGUCCUGUGGUGCUCGACACCGUCGACUUGGUCGCAAUUCAACGAUGUGGAAACCACCUGGCAUUGUCCUCAGUACUGGGUCCAGUACGGAAACUCCUGUUAUAAGUUUGUAAAGUCGCCAUUCCGGCCGAGAAGUGAAGCUCACAGAAACUGUCUAGCUUUUGGAGCUGAUUUAGCUAGUGUCAAUAACUUAGAUGAACAUGGCUUUCUCAUAAAUCAACUCUUGCAACAAGACCCACAACAUAGACAGUGGUAUGUAGGUGGUAAACAAACAAGCCCCGGAGUGUGGAUAAAUGAUGUAGAAAACAAUAUCCCACUUAUUGAUAUUGAAAGUGCACUCUUACCUGAACAAUACACUACAUUAAACAGAGAUUAUAUAGCAUAUACGUAUUCAGUCCAAUUACAAAAAUGGGGAUUUGAAAAAGUUCCAGGAGAUCGGUAUUUGCUUUAUAUUUGUGAAAUGCCUCUUAAUAAACAACAUUUAAUAGUUGAAGAACGUUCCUAUAAAUAUGGCUAUAAUAUUGAUGAUCAACAAAAAGUUCCCCGAGGUCCUUACUUUAUUAAGGAACCAACAGAUGUAGUAUUUGAUAGUUCUGGAUCAUCAAUUACCAAUGAUGUAGCUCUGAGUUGUGUUGCUGGAGGGUAUCCAACACCAACAUAUGAGUGGUUCAAAGAAGAUUAUGAUAACGAAGAUCAAUUAUUAUCUAUAAAAAUUGAUCCUUUAAGUAAUAUGAGAUUCACAUUAAGUGGUGGAACCCUUAUUAUUUAUGCUCCGAAGAGGGAUGAAGACAGAGGUCGAUAUCAUUGUAAAGCAUCAAAUAUGUUUGGUUCUGUAGUUUCUGAAAGUAUACAACUUUCGUUUGGAUUUAUCGGUGAAUUUAAUUUACAACGUCCUCUUGAACGUGGUAAUAAGAAUUGGGGUAAAACAAUAUUUUGUGAUCCUCCUCAAUAUUUCCCUGAGGUGAGAUAUUUUUGGGUCAGGGAAUCAUUUCCUAACAUGGUUCAAGAAGAUCGGAGAGUGUUUGUCUCAUUUGAUGGAUACUUGUAUUUUUCAUCUUUGGAAGAAAGUGACGCUGGCAACUACAGUUGUAAUGUGCAAAGCGAAGUUUCAAAAACCGGCAAGAAUGGGCCCAUGUUCCAGUUACAUGUAGUGACACAUUCUGACUAUCAACAACUUAUACUACCCAACAACUUCCCUAAAGCUUUUCCAGAAGCUCCAAUUGCUGGUCAAGAAGUUAGACUUGAAUGUGUUGCAUUUGCAUAUCCUGUACCUUCAUACAAUUGGACAAGAAAAGGUUCUCCUUUACCUAAAGGUUCUCAUUUGACAAGCUACAACCGUGUGUUGGUAAUUCCUGAAGUUCAAGUGGAAGAUCAAGGAGAAUAUAAUUGCCAUGUUUUUAAUGAUCGAGACAGUAAAGAGAAGAGUGUUACUCUAACAAUACAAGCCGAACCAAACUUCACAAUCCCACUGGAAGAUAAACACAUGGAUCACCUAUCAGAUUUGACGUGGACAUGUGAAGCUUUUGGCGUUCCAGAUGUAACAUAUAAGUGGUUUAAAAAUGGUGAACCACUAGAAAUUGAUCAGCUAUCACCAGAAGACCAAAAACGGUACAUUAUACAGGACAAUGUAUUGAGUAUUAAAUUUCUAGAACAUGCUAAAGAUUCAGGAAUGUAUCAAUGUCAAGCUCGUAAUACUUUAAAAACCCGUUUCUCAUCUGCACAAUUAAGAGUGCUAUCUUUACGUCCAUCAUUUAAAAAGAAACCGCUACAGCCUGAAAUAUAUGGUGCUGAAGGAAAAAAUGUAACUAUUGAAUGUAAUCCAGAAGCUGCACCUAGACCUAAAUUUACAUGGAAAAAAGAUGGAUAUAUAAUAGGGUCUGGGGGUAGGCGUCGCAUAUUAGAAAAUGGAAAUUUGAUAAUUAAUCCAAUUGGAAGAGACGAUGAAGGUAUGUACAUAUGUAUUGCUGAAAAUAUUUUUGGAACCGAAGAAAGUCAUGGAAAACUUAUUGUUAUGCGUGGCCCUGUAUUUAUUGAACAAUUAAAUCCCCAAAUUAGAUCGAUUAUUAAACAUGAUUUACUAUUACGAUGCCAAGCUGUUUCUGAUGAACUCUUAGACAUUGCAUAUGUUUGGACCCACAACAGUAUGCCAUUGCUUAAUUCUAAUUCUGAACUCGUUGGACAUGUUAGCAUAAAUGGUGGAGAGUUGUACAUUCGUAACAUGACGUUGGAAGAUUCUGGCGAAUACAAAUGUUUUGUGCACAGUGUAGUUGGAGAAAUAUCGUCAACAACUACUUUAUUUGUUGAUGGACCUCCUGGACCUCCAGGUGGAAUACAAGUUGAAGUCUUAAAGACAUCUGUCAAACUGCAAUGGACUGACGGUGCUGCAAAUGGUCGUCAAACUAUACAUUAUAAUGUAUACGCCCGUUCACAAUGGAACAGUACUUGGUAUACAAUGGCCUCAGAUAUUGUAAUCAAGGAUAUUGAUAGGUAUAAUGGGCGUAAAGAAGCAUUUUUAGAUAAUGUUCUACAACCCUGGUCCAAGUAUGAAUUUAGAAUGGUAGCAGGAAAUGAUAUUGGAUAUGGUGAAAUAUCUCUUCCUUCUCCUCAAGUUAACACACCCGCUGAUAUUCCAUAUAAAGCACCUACAAAUAUUACUGGUGGUGGUGGCAAAAUUGGAGAUUUAACAAUUGUGUGGAAACCUCUACCUUCUCAAGAUCAAAAUGGACCAGGUAUCUAUUACAAAGUAUAUUGGAGGCGUAUGGGUCAUGAAACAGAUUUUCAGUAUGAGACAUUGCAAGAUAGUGGUAAUAUUGGAGUGGCAGUAGUGCACAUUAAGUCAGAAUUUUAUUACACUGAAUAUGAAGUCAAAGUUCAACCCUUUAAUUCAAUCGGUCCUGGUCCUAUAUCAGAUCCUAAAGUGAUAUACAGUGCAGAAGAUAUGCCACAAGUAUCUCCACAACAAGUGUUUGCCAUUUCUUACAACUCAACUGCCAUUAAUGUUAGUUGGGUACCAAUUGAUCAAUCACGGGAAAUGUUACGUGGUAAAUUAAUCGGCCACAGAUUAAAGUAUUGGAAAAAAGAUGCAAAUGACAGAGAAGAAGAUGCUGUAUACUAUUUAAGUAGAUCGGUUAAACCUUGGGCACUUAUUGUUGGAUUGCAACCAGAUACAGAAUAUUAUGUAAAAGUAAUGGCUUUCAAUUCAGCUGGAGAAGGUCCGGAGAGUGAACGAUUUAUUGAACGAACAUACAGAAAAGCACCUCAAAAGCCACCAUCAUCUGUUCUAAUUGAUGGCUUAAACCCAGAUAGUAUACAAGUAACUUGGCGAUAUGUACAACCAACACUUGAAGAAGAACCAAUCAAAGGCUAUAAGGUGCGGGUUUGGGAAUCGGAUCAAGAUAUGAGUACUGCAAAUGAUACAAUUAUUGAAAUUGGGAGCAAAUUAGAAGCCCACAUUACUAAGUUAACACCUGGCAAAGUGUACAAGCUUCGAGUGUUGGCAUACUCUAAUGGUGGAGAUGGACGGAUGUCAUCACCUGCUAAAACUUUCCAAAUGGGUAGUCCAGAACUGUUCUUAACCAACACUGCCAGCAGAAACUCGGCAGUCUGUCUGUCGUUCGUGCUGCUAUUGAGGUUGUACGGUUUCAUUUAG